CCUAUCUCUCAGGUGAAUUUAACCUAACAUCUCUAAGAGAGUGAUGCAAUCAGAGGCAAUUUUAAUAAUAAUAGCAUCAAUGUAUCAAAAUCAAUUCAAAUAGGUUCUUUUUAAGCAGUUACAACGGGUUCCAUAUUUCGCAGACGGAUAUUUUGAUUCUCUACUUGCAACCGUUGACUUGUUCAUUUCGAUUUUAUAAAAAAUUGUCUGGAAAUUAACGCAAUGAACGCUAAAGAAUUUCGUGAAUUUGGAUAUGCAGCUGUGGAUUUUAUAGCUGAUUAUAUGGAAAAUGUGCACGAAAGGCAAGUGUUACCAUCAGUUGAGCCUGGAUAUUUGCACAAUUUAUUGCCAUCUGGAAUGCCAGAAAAAUCAGAAAGUUGGAAAAAUGUGAUGAAAGAUUUAAACGAUAAAAUUCUACCCGGAAUAACACACUGGCAGUCACCAAAUUUUCAUGCUUAUUAUCCAUCGCAAUCUUCUUAUCCGUCAAUUGUUGGAGACAUGAUUGCGAAUGGUCUUGGAACCGUUUCAUUUAGUUGGAUCUGCAGUCCAGCCGUUACAGAAUUGGAGGUGAUUGUAGUCGAUUGGUUAGCAAAAUUUUUGGACUUGCCAGCAUUUUUCUUGAAUUCAUCCGAUGGGUGUGGUGGCGGUAUGUUGCAAGGAACUGCCUCGGAAUCGAUGCUAGUUGCAAUUUUAACAGCUCGAGAUCAAGCUGUGGCACGUUUGAAAAUUGAUUAUCCAAACAUGAAUGAAAGUGAUAUUCGUGGCAAAUUGGUGAUGUACACAAGUGAUCAAGGCAAUAGCUGUGUGGAAAAAACUGCUCGAUUGGCUGCUGUUUCAAUUCGUCUAUUGCCAGUUAAUCGUAAUUUAUCAUUGUGCGGAAAAAAUUUCCGAAUUGCAAUUGAAGAUGACAUAAAAGUUGGAAAAUUCCCGUUCGCAUGCGUUGCCACACUCGGAACGACUGGCACCUGUGCAUUCGAUAACUUACUUCAAAUAGGUCCCUUAUGUCGUGAGAAUAAAAUUUGGUUGCAUAUAGAUGCCGCUUAUGCUGGAUCGGCGUUAUGUUGCCCAGAAUUUCGACCAUUGAUGCAAGGCAUCGAAUAUGCCGAUUCAUUUAACUUUAACUUGCACAAAUGGAUGAUGGUGAAUUUUGACUGCAGUGCAAUGUGGUUUCGAGACACUAGCAAAGUAGUCGACGCAUUUACAGUUGAUCGAAUCUAUUUACGGCAUCACGUUGAAAUCGAUUCAAAGGCACCGGAAUAUCGAAAUUGGGAAAUUCCACUCGGGCACCGAUUUCGAGCGCUCAAAGUAUGGUUCACAUUACGAAUUAUGGGUGCCGAGGAGAUCAGAGAAAAUAUUCGAAAUCACGUUCGUUUGGCUGGCUAUUUUGCAGAGUUGAUUGCAACCGAUACACGCUUUGAAAUUAUCGGCAAUGUGCUUGGUCUCGUCUGUUUCCGUUUAAAACGCAAUUGUGAAUAUACCAAACGUCUAGUGAACAUUUUAACCGAACGCAAAAAUAUUUACGUUAUCCAAGCAUUAUACCACGAUAAGAUAAUAAUACGAUUUGUUGUGAAUGGGUUAAAGCCGACUGAGAAAGACAUCGAAUUUGCUUGGAAUGAAAUUCGUAUGCAGACAAAUGAGAUUUUCAAAGAAAUUUCGCCGAUGAAGAUCGAAAUAAGUAAAAGUAAAUGCUUGAUAGAUUUUGGUGAAUCAGUUCAAGUUGCAAGUGCAGAUCAUUUGUUUGCGAUCAAAUAAAUAUGUUAUAGUUGGCAGUAGUUUAUUUGCACUCCAAUAAAAAAAAAUCACUUGAAAUAAUAAAAUUUCCGUGUUAUUUUUUGCGUACAAACCGUUUUUUUGUUUAUAAAUACGUCGGUCGAUCAACCAAAAUUCCAAUAUUUCAAUGUCACGUCAUUAACAACACCUGAAUCGACACAUAUUCCACCUGGAA